CGCAGCCUGGCCUGAGUUGUUGCUGUCGCAGGAGGACCAGGCGGCUGACAGGAGCAAGUCCCUGAGCCAGUCGCGCUCUGGAUGGAGGAUGAUUGCAAAUGGACUGAAUACACUGGUGCGGACCCUUUAUGCAUUACAGGAGGAGCGUGUUGAAGCUUAUCGGCUUUUUGAUCUAGGACAUCAGGCGUAUCUCCGCUCUGCUCCCAACUAUAACUUUAUCAAAUACCGGCAGCUGGUGCACGAAAUCACCCAGGCAUUUAACCGGAUCUCCAAGGAAGUGAUUCAGCUCAAGGACCGGUUUCAUGAGGAGUAUGAUCACCCAGAUCUCUCUGAGCACAUCACGAGAGUUCAGGAACGGGAACAGGAAAAGCUAGAAUUGACAACCAGGCGACAACUUGCCAAGCAGAAUAUGUUGGACCAUCCAGGCAAUGAGACCUACCAGGAGGAGGCCCGAGAACUGAAGCAGAUUAGGAAAACCAUUGAGGCAAUUAAUGAGGUUCUUCAGGACUUCAAAUAUGAUUCAGAGGAGAUCGAAGCCAGCGGAUAG